AUGACUGACUGCGAGGAUCUCCAGGAAGUGGAGUUGAACAAGCAGCCAUUUACCAAUGGGACCUGUGGAAAUGAAGCAGACACUUUAAACGAUUUUGUAGUUAACGAAGAUUACAGACCAAACACUUCAGAACGAACAGGACAGACAGGCAGAUACUUAAGAAUGAUGCGUACAUGUGCUAAAAGACAAAACUGGUGGAAGAUCUUGACUUUUGUGGCUAUUCUCGGCAAUGUAGUCACUGCAGCCAUUUCUGUGAUCCUGACCAAAUUAUCAUGUGGCUCAUGCCCAGCAACAAUUGUCCCCCCUUGUCCUUCAGGGUGGGUUGAGCAUGGAGACAAAUGCUACUACUUUUCUGAAUCUGAAAGGACUUGGAGAUCCAGCCAGAGCAAUUGCUCUGCAUCUGGUGCUUCUCUGGUUUUGAUUGAAGAUCAAAAGGAAAUGGACAUCAUAAUGCAAAUUAAGAGAAAAACUGAUUAUUGGAUUGGCCUGAAAAGAAAGGACGGGCAGCCCUGGGAAUGGACAAAUGGAACUGUCUUCAACGGCUGGUUUGAAAUUAAAGCGGAUGGAUUUUGUGCCUAUUUGGAUGAUGACAGGGUCGGUUCAACAUUAUGCGGGACAAAACGAAAUUGGAUUUGUAGCAAGUCAACUAAUGUGGCCUGAACAAGUUACUAUAUAUAAUGUCUAAGUCUAGAAACAA